AUGGGACCCUGCAGCGACUCCCGCGUGGGGCCCCCGGAGGCUGAGUUGCCCUCCCAGCCCCCCAAGAGGAGGAAGAAGAUAUACCUGCGGCAUGACAAGCCCCCCUACACCUACUUGGCCAUGAUCGCCUUGGUGAUUCAGGCCGCACCCUCCCGCAGGCUGAAGCUGGCCCAGAUCAUCCGUCAGGUCCAGGCCAUGUUCCCCUUCUUCAGGGACGACUACGAAGGCUGGAAGGACUCCAUCCGCCACAACCUCUCCUCUAACCGAUGCUUCCGAAAGGUGCCCAAGGACCCAGCGAAGCCCCAGGCCAAAGGCAACUUCUGGGCAGUUGACGUGAGCCUGAUCCCGGCGGAGGCGCUGCGGCUGCAGAACACUGCCCUGUGCCGGCGCUGGCAGAACGGGGGUGCGCGCAGAGCCUUCGCCAAGGACCUGGGCCCCUACGUGCUGCAUGGCCGGCCCUACCGGCCUCCCAUUCCCCCGCCACCGCCGCCCAGCGAGGGCUUCAGCAUUAAGUCCCUGCUUGGGGACCUGGGGGAGGGGGCACCCUGGCACCAACUGGCGCCACAGAGCAGCUCAGCUUCGGUGGGCACAGGGUGCAGUAUGGAGGAGGCCGUGACCACCCCAACCCUGCACGUCUCUGAGAGUCCUCUGUGGCCCGUGUACCCGCUCCCUGGGCCCACGAGGGUGGAGAGGGAGACUUCACAGGGGGGGAACAUCAGGCCUGCAUCCCUCUCCCCAGAGCCCAGGGCCUGGCCCCUCCACUUACUGCAGGGUACCUCACAUGCUGGGGAAUUGCCCAGCAGGGGACACAGGGCCUCACUUUGGGGGCAGCUGCCCACCUCCUACUUGCCCAUCUACACCCCCAACGUGGUAAUGCCCUUGGCCCCACUACCACCCACCUCCUGUCCCCAGUGCCCACCUUCAACCAGCCCAGCCUACUGGAGGGCGGCCCCUGAAACCCAAAGGCCCCCGGGGCUGCUCUGGGAUCUAGACAGUCUUUUCCAGGGAGUUCCACCCAACAAGAGCAUCUAUGAUGUGUGGGUCAGCCACCCUCGGGACCUGGCUGCCCCUGCUCCAGGCUGGCUGCUCUCCUGGUACAGCUUGUGA